CCCUCGUCUCUCUCAUCUCCCUCCGCCCGCAACCCAACCUUCUGAAAAAUUCCGCUCGCCCGAGAAAUUCUCGCCCCCCAACCCAACCCCAACCAACCAACCAGACCCAACCAAGAAGCCGCGCCGCCGAUCACCCACCAUGCGCUGAGCCCGACCCCGACCCCGACCCGCCGCGACCCGGGGGAGCACUGCAGAUGGAGGGCGGAUCGCUGCCGCCGUUCCUCACCAAGACGUACGAGAUGGUGGACGAGCCGUCCACGGACGCGGUGGUCGCCUGGACGCCGUCCGGGACCAGCUUCGUCGUCGCCAGCCAGCCCGACUUCUGCCGGGAUCUGCUACCCAAGUACUUCAAGCACAACAACUUCUCCAGCUUCGUGCGCCAGCUCAACACCUACGGCUUUAGGAAAGUGGAUCCGGAACAAUGGGAGUUCGCGAACGAGGAGUUCAUAAGAGGGCAGCGGUACCGGCUAAAGAACAUCCACAGACGCAAGCCGAUCUUCAGCCACUCAUCGCACUCCCAGGGCGCCGCCGGACCGUUAGCGGAGAGCGAAAAGAGGGACUACGAGGAGGAAAUCGAGAGGCUCAAGUGCGAUAACGCAGCAUUGGCCCUGCAGGUUGAAAAGAACGAUCAGAAGAAAAUCGACAUGGACAAAAAGAUGCAGGCUUUGGAAGAGAAGCUGUUUGCUGUCGAGCAUCAGCAGACGAGCCUAAUAUCUUACGUCAGGGACAUCGUGAAGGCGCCAGGGUUUCACUCUACCUUUGCAGAACAAUCUGAUCAUCAUGGGAAGAAGAGGAGACUGCCAAGACCGAUUUCAUUGCAUGAGGAUGCAACUAAUGCGAGUACUCGGGAGAAUCAGAUUACGCAUUGUGACUUGGCCAACUCACCACCAGCUCAUGAACUUUACAGGGAAUCGUUUGACAAAAUGGAAUUAUCCCUCAACUCGUUGGAGAAUUUCCUCAAGCAAGCGAGCGAGGCUUUUGGUAAUGAUAUUUCGUACGAUGGUGAUUGCACAGGCCCUUCGUCAGCUGUUGUUAUCACGGAGCUCCAUUCGUCGGGGGAAAGUGAUCCUCACACGCGGCCGGCUCCGUCGAUGAUGCAUACUUCUUCAGCUGGCAUGGGAGAUUCUCAUUCUUCUCGGGAUAUAGCAGAGUCGACCAGCUGUGCAGAAAGUCCUCCUCUUUCUCAAAUGCAUUCUAUUGCAGAUUCACGAGCUAAGAUCUCUGACAUUGAUGUCAAUAUGGAACCUGCUGUUACAGAAACUGGUCCAUCCAGAGACGAAGCUGCCCAAGACCCUCCUGCUGCCGCAGCUGGUGCAAACGAUGGGUUUUGGCAGCAGUUUCUUACCGAGCAGCCUGGGUCGUUGGUUGCACAUCAGGAGGCCGAAUCAGAACGGCGAGACAGGGAAGCAGAUCAAAUGACACCAGGUGACCGGGCUAAUUUUUGGUGGAGCAAGAAGAGUGUUGAACAGAUGACAGAAAAACUGGGGCAUCUCACCUCAGCUGAGAAAACCUGACUCUGUAUUCCUUAUUUCCUUUAGCUGAACAAUGACCAGUACAGAAACAUUAGGAGCAUGGCACCUCCCAGUCAGAGAUAUUCCGGCUAACAUUUACUUUGCAGUGUAUCAUAUUUGCAGUGUGCUUAGAAUGUUGUAGACUACGCUAUAUUAUCCUGA